AUGUCUUCCGAUCAACAAUACCUCAACACCUCUGGUGGAACGGACCCAGUAUGGGUGCAUCAAGUCCCAUACUCCAAAGUCCCCGUGUUCUCACCCCUCAAGGAAAAUCUCGAAGCCGACGUCUGCAUCAUCGGAGCCGGAAUCGCUGGAAUCUCGACUGCCUAUGAGCUGGUGAACCGUGGAUCCAAGGUCGUCCUGCUGGAAGCUAGGAAAAUCCUCUCCGGAGAAACCGGGCGCACCAGUGGCCAUUUGACCAACGCCCUGGAUGAUGGUUACACUGAAAUCGCGAAGAAACAUGGCAAGAAACAUGCUCAAGAUGCAGCUGAUAGCCAUACCUGGGCCAUCGACCACGUGGGAGAGAUAAGCGCCAAGCUGAAUAUCGAUUGCGAGUUUCGUUACCUUCCGGGUUAUGAGAUCUCCCAAUACCCGGUUGGUCAUCCGGAGCAUCAAAAAGAGAUCGAUUCUUUGAAGGAAGAGGUCAAAAUCGCCCAGGACCUGGGUCUGCCUGUCAGCUUCCGUGAUGACCUAGCAGCCAAGGGCUGGGAUGGCGAUGUGGACCAACGAGGCGGUGCUGUCUUUGAACGGCAGGCGACUUUCCACCCAACAAAGUACCUCGUUGGGGUUCUUGAGUGGCUGAAGAAGCAGCCCAACUUCCAGUGUUUCACCGAUACCCGAGUUAUGUCAGUCAACGAGGAAGGAUCGGGGAUCUUGGGCACCAAAAACGAACGAGUGACAGUUCAAACUGUGGAUGGCCAGGAAGUCAUCGCAAGCCAGGUCGUGCAGGCAACGUGCGUCCCUCUCCAGAAGCUAGCGGUCAUUGCCCAGAUGGAAUACAGCCGCACCUAUUGUAUCGCAAUCCGUGUCCCUAAGGGGUAUGUCGAGGACUGCCUGCUUUACGACCAGGCCGAGCAAUACAAGUAUGUCCGGUUGACCAAAUGUGACAAUAAGGACGACUAUCUUGUCAUUGGAGGCUGCGACCACAAGGUCGGCCAGGAAGAUACUAGCGGCCGUUUUGAGGAGUUGGAAGAAUGGGUCCGAGCCCGAUUCACCAAAGCAGGUGCCGUGGACUACAAAUGGAGUGGUCAGAUCUUCGAGCCGGUGGAUUACAUGGCCUACAUUGGAAAGAAUCAGGGAUCAAAGAACGUCUACAUCAUCACCGGCGACAGUGGCGAUGGUCUCACGCAUGGUACUCUGGCGGGCAAGCUCAUUGCUGAUGAAAUUACUGGAAAGCCGAACCCAUGGAGUCAACUGUAUGACCCAAGCCGCAAGAUCAGCGUUGCCAAGUCUCUUCCAUCGAUGAUCACCCAUGAUCUGGAGAUCAAUGCGCAGUACAAGCGUUUCUUGCAGUCAGAUAUCACGGACAUUGAAGAUCUAGUGCCCGGCACAGGAGGAGUCUUGAACAAGAGCCUUGGAAACCCUAUCGCGGUCUACAAGGACGAGAAUGGCCAGGUGCACAAGCGCAGUGCCCUAUGCCCGCAUAUGAAGGGCGUUGUGUGCUGGAACAACACUGAAAAGAGCUGGGAUUGUCCGGUGCAUGGCAGUCGGUUCGGCAAGGAUGGAACCUGUAUUGAUGGACCGGCAAAGGGUAACUUGCAACCCGUGUGA